AUGUCAUCGUAUCAAAAGGAACUGGAAAAAUACAGAGACAUAGAUGAAGAUGAGAUCCUAAAGACCCUGAGCCCUGAGGAGCUGGAACAGCUGGACUGCGAGCUACAGGAGAUGGACCCUGAGAACAUGCUCCUGCCGGCUGGACUAAGACAACGUGACCAGACAAAGAAGAGCCCAACGGGGCCGCUGGACCGUGAGGCCCUCUUGCAGUACCUGGAACAGCAGGCGCUAGAGGUCAAAGAGCGUGAUGACUUGGUGCCCUUCACAGGCGAGAAGAAGGGGAAACCCUACAUCCAGCCCAAAAGAGAAAUUCCAGUGGAGGAGCAGGUCACUCUGGAGCCUGAGCUGGAGGAGGCGCUGGCCCACGCAACAGAUGCUGAGAUGUGUGACAUUGCAGCAAUUCUGGGCAUGUACACACUGAUGAGCAACAAGCAGUACUAUGAUGCGAUCUGCAGCGGAGAAAUCUGCAACACCGAAGGCAUUAGCAGUGUGGUGCAGCCUGACAAGUACAAGCCAGUGCCAGAUGAGCCCCCAAAUCCCACCAACAUCGAGGAGAUACUGAAGAGUGUUCGAAGCAAUGACAAGGAGGUAGAGGAGGUGAACCUCAAUAAUAUCCAGGACAUCCCGAUACCCAUGCUGACUGAGCUGUGUGAGGCCAUGAAGACAAAUACCCACGUCCGGAGCUUCAGCCUGGUGGCCACAAGGAGUGGUGACCCCAUUGCCAAUGCAGUGGCUGACAUGUUGCGUGAGAAUCGUAGCCUCCAGAGCCUGAACAUCGAAUCCAACUUCAUUAGCAGCACAGGGCUUAUGGCUGUGCUGAAGGCAGUUCGGGAGAACGCCACACUCACAGAGCUCCGAGUAGACAACCAGCGCCAGUGGCCUGGUGAUGCGGUGGAGAUGGAGAUGGCCACCGUGCUCGAACAGUGUCCCUCCAUUGUCCGCUUUGGCUACCACUUUACACAGCAGGGGCCACGCGCCCGGGCCGCUCAGGCCAUGACCCGGAACAAUGAACUGCGUCGCCAGCAAAAGAAGAGAUAA